AUGAGGAACAGCACCGUUAACGCCACGUCAUCCGCGUCACACGUCUUCUCCCGCCACGUCACGGAACCUCCUGCGAUUAAACCGGGAAGAGCAAUCGCGGAACGAAAUGAUGAUGACAAUUCGGUUCCGGAGCUGAGGAUGAGAGUAGAUGAUGAUUGCAAUGGAGGAGACAACGAGGGUGUUAUGAAUAAAAUUGGGUAUAUGAGAUUGAGAGGCGAGGAUGGAGUGGAGGAAGAAGAAGGGCUUGAUGAUGAUGAUGACGGAGUAGGGAAACCAGGAUCUGGUUUCUUCUGUUGGAGGUGGAGUUGGUGUGUCGUUUGGUAUUGGGUUAAGCUUGCUGCUCUGUUUGCUUGUUUAGGUGGCUUGGCUUUCGUUGUGCUCAAAUGGGUUGGUCCCUACUUCAUGGACAAGCAAAUCAUUCCCAUCAUCAACUGGGAGACGACAACCUUUAGCACUCCAGAGCUGGCACUUCUAGUCUUCUUUUCAGUGGCAUUCUUCCCAACCCUACUCUUGCCGUCUUCACCUUCUAUGUGGGUAGCUGGAAUGACUUUCGGUUAUGGCUAUGGAUUCUUAUUGAUCAUAGUUGCAAUCACUGCUGGAAUUUCACUUCCAUUUUGCAUUGGUACUCUGUUCCUUCAUAGAAUUGAGGGAUGGUUUGACAAGUAUCCAAAGCAGGCUUACAUACUGAGAGCAGCUGGUGAAGGGAAUUGGCUCCACCAGUUCCGCUCAGUGGCUUUAAUACGAAUUUCGCCGUUCCCUUAUAUUCUGUAUAAUUAUUGCGCUGUUGCAACGCAUGUCAAGUAUGGUCCUUAUCUGCUGGGGUCUUUGGCGGGCAUGGUUCCGGAGAUAUUCGUGACCCUCUACACAGGGAUCCUUAUACAGACACUGGCAGAUGCUUCACAGGACGAGCACGAUCUGUCAGCAUCACAGAUUGCUUUCAAUGCCAUUGGCUUCUGUUUCACGGCAGCCACCACGGCGUUCUUCACGCUCUACGCUAAAAAGCGGCUGAAGGCACUGCAAGACGAACCUCUUUUGGCGUAG